AAUAGUGAAAAUGGGUAUUUUCAAGAAAAUGUGCUUGGAAAUACGGCACUAUCAUACUGUAUAUCAGUUUUGAUUUUACUUCAACAUGUGUUAUUCUUUAGUCCAAAAAGUUGCCGACAUUGGUAACUAAAGUGUUAACUUUUAAAAGUUAUUUGUUGCUAUCCACUUGACUAACGUUUGUGAACUGUGCUAUGAACAUUCAGAAUGGCAAAAGGAUUGUUUUAUUUGAUAUAUAGUAUACGAUUAAUAAAUUAGUUUAUUCCACAAAUGUUCAGCAAAUGGUUAAAAUAUAUUAGAAAUUAGCUUGCUUUUCAUAAAGUUCUACGAACAUUUUAUUAUUACAUUGAAAAAAAUUUAUAUCUUCUAAAAUCUCCAUCAUGAGUACUCCAACGAACAGCUUGUCAGCAAGUGAAAUGAUGAUGUCUCAACCCCCAGCAACAAUAGUGAAAGAGGGUUGGCUAUUAAAGAGAGGCGAGCAUAUUAAAAAUUGGCGCCCACGUUAUUUCAUUUUGCUGGACAAUGGUGGCUUGAUUGGAUUUAAGAGUAAACCAGAACAUGGUUUUGAUGAUCCUCUGAACAACUUUACAGUUAAAGGCUGUCAGCUUAUGAAAGCAGAUAGACCUAAACCAUUUACAUUUAUCAUUCGUGGGUUGCAGUGGACAACAGUUAUUGAACGUACUUUCCAUGUAGAAUCAGAAAAAGAAAGAGAAGAAUGGAUGCAGGCCAUUCAGUAUGUUUCUGACCGACUUCAAGAGCAAGAACCUGAUACUGAUGUUGAAAUGAUGGAACAAGAUGACCUCAUGGGAAGAUUGAAUAUAUCUAAUAGAGCAUCUGGAUCCAGAGGAAGAAAAAUUACAUUAGACAAUUUUGAGUUCUUAAAGGUUUUAGGCAAAGGAACUUUUGGAAAAGUGAUAUUGUGCAGAGAAAAAGGAUCUGGUUCAUUAUUUGCAAUUAAAGUUUUAAAAAAAGAAGUCAUUAUAGCAAAGGAUGAAGUAGCUCAUACAUUAACUGAAAAUAGAGUUUUAAGAAAUACAAAGCAUCCUUUCUUGAUUUCUUUAAAGUAUUCAUUUCAAACUGCUGAUAGACUGUGUUUUGUAAUGGAAUAUGUAAAUGGUGGAGAGCUUUUUUUCCAUCUUUCUCGUGAAAGAAUAUUUAGUGAAGAAAGGACGAAAUUUUAUGGAGGAGAAAUCUUGUUAGCCUUAGACUAUUUGCACACAGAAGGGAUCAUAUAUAGAGAUCUAAAGUUAGAAAACUUGCUUCUGGACAAAGAUGGCCACAUCAAAAUUGCCGAUUUUGGGCUUUGUAAGGAAGACAUUAAUUACGGUGCUACAACUAAGACCUUUUGUGGAACUCCAGAAUAUUUAGCUCCAGAGGUACUGGAAGACACUGAUUAUGGUCGUGCUGUAGAUUGGUGGGGUUUAGGAGUUGUUAUGUAUGAAAUGAUGUGUGGUCGCUUACCCUUCUACAACCGAGACCAUGAUAUACUUUUUGAGUCUAUUCUUGUAGACGAAGUUAAAUUUCCUAAAUCUCUUUCUCCAGAAGCCAAAUCAUUAUUGAGUGGACUUUUGGUUAAGGACCCAAAAAAAAGGUUAGGUGGUGGUCCAGAUGAUGCAAAGGAGGUGAUGCUAGACGCUUUCUUUCGUUCAAUGCCUUGGCAAGACUUGCUUGAAAAGAAGGUUACACCCCCAUUCAAGCCACAAGUGACUUCAGACACUGACACCAGAUAUUUUGACCAGGAGUUUACUGGAGAGUCAGUUGAGUUGACUCCUCCAGAUCAAGGGCCUCUUAACUCGAUUACAGAAGAGACGGAGCAGCCAUAUUUUCAACAGUUCUCUUUCCAUGGCAGCACAGGGACUCUUGGGAGGAGUAUUGACCAAUAGUUAUUCUAUUUUUUGUCAAAGAACUUGAUGCAUCAGCUUUGUUCUUAUGAGUUGAUCUCUUUUUGCCAACAUAACUAUCUGAAAAUGUAAAACUCUAAGGAUUACUUCUUUCAUCUUGUGCAUGGAAGAACUGUGUACUCUGAUGCUUUGAAAGUUAGUAGUGCACUUUGAUUCGCACAAAAUCCACCAGCGAACUCGCUUCAUUUGCAAUAGUCUUGAAAUACGAGAAAGACACCAACUGAACUGGAAUAUACGCUGCAGUGCAGCAUGCUAAAUGAAAGUUAUACCCAUUGGCUUACAAAAAUGUUGAUUCUCUUGUAUUAUAUAGAAAAGUUUUCUGUGAAUUUGUCUAAAAUUGUAUAUGAAAUAUUUUUUAUGAAUUCUUUGUGAAAAGAAAUCAAAUUUGAUCAAGAGCUGUGUUUUUAAAAUGAUGUGCAAUUUGUAUUUUUUUCAAGGUUUUUUUUUUUUUGUGCUAAUGUAGUUAUUUUCCCUAACUCAUUUUUUCAAAUUAGUAAAUUGAUUUCAAGUAAGUGUAUUUUAUUUCUUUUUCAUGCUCUGACCCCACCCCCUAGCUUUUACUUUUCAUGGGUAGAUUUUUUGUAAAUCCCGAUUUUUCUACCAUUCUAGAAAUUAAAAUAGUUACAUUUCCUCCACCUCCAAAUAGCUGAGCACAUCAUAUUCUAUAAAAGCAAAUUUUUCUAUUAAAAUGUUUAUUUUAUUACCCUUUCAAUAUAAUAAGUAAAUAUAUAUUGUAUAUCACAGUUUUGUAUAUAAUGUUUUUCUGUUUUCUUUUUUAUCUAUUGUGUUUUAAAUGUGGAAUUGAAAAAAUCAUUAUGUGUUAACUAUGUUAAGAGAUUGAAAAUAUCAACUAUGUGUAUAGAAUUGUUUGAUCACAAUAUUUUCAUCCGCUCAUAAUUAUUGAACACAGAAAAUGUUUUCGUUUGCUUGUACAUACUGUGCAACUGUUUUAAACUUCAUUUGUUGAUUAUUUAAUGGGAAAUUGUUUAUUGAAAAUUAUUAUAUGCCAGUUACAAAUAGUCUACUUUUAUAGAGUUUUAUGCAAAUUUAUUUAGAUAAAUUAUCAAAUACUCUAGUGCCUGUCGAAAGGGUAAAAUUUUGAUCUGGAUGUGCAAUUAACAUGUAAUUAAAGUAGGAAAGCUUUUAGAUGGGAGAAACCAAUUUGAAAAAAAUAUCAAGCCAAUGGGUUAGAAAGUUAGCAGCUAGAAUGCAUACUAAAUAAAAUGGUGCCAGCAUUCAUUGCAAUGCAAAAUCAAAAUUACUUUUAUAUUGGAAGAGUGAUGGAAGAAAAGUUUUAUUUUUUAAGGAAUAAUUGUUGCAUAUAUGUGUGUUUACACAUAAAUUUGAUGUUUUCAAGAAAGGAAAGAGUUUUGUGUGUAUAACAUAAUAUGUACAACUCUUUAUUUUUGUGAAACUGUAAUAAAUUAGAAAUGAAAUGGAAAUAAAUCUGUACAGUGCAA